AUGUUCUAAGUAUGGUGAACUGUGGGGUCUUGCUCGGCAAGCAACCCAACUUGCAGUUGAGUAUGAUGGUGAUAAUGAAAUGAAACAUUCUAUAACAAACAAUGAAAAUGGAAUACCAAGCACUGGGUUUAACAAUUGUGACAAUGAAAGCAAUUUAGAAAUCGCUAAUCCACCAGUUACUAGGCGUAAGGGUAGACCUGAAACUAAACGUUAUAAGGCUACAAUAGAGAGAGCACGUAGACAGCCAUAUACUUGCCGCAACUGUGGCCAAACUGGUCAUAAUAGCGCGAGGUGUGAAAAAAAGUAG